AUGUGGCUUUCGGCCGCUUUGUCCUUUGUAUCGCUAGUUUUGUUCCUGCAUAGUGACAUUUCCAUUCUUACACACAGAUACAAUGUAUCUGAUUUGUUUUAUCAUCAUACACCAGUUUCAUGUACACCGGAUCCCAGCAACGAUGGCAAACUAGUUUUCAUUAGUUGUCCCGUCGAAUAUACCGAAUCGAUUUAUGUGCCAAAAGAGUUUUCCAGUAAUAUUUAUUCGUACGAUGGUGCUUUCUUGGACACCAAAGUUGAAGUCUACCAGUGGACUGCAGGAAAGGGGCUCCUCAUAAAAGAUUGGGUCAGUUAUCUAAUCGGAGGUAGCUACUUCCAAAAUAUUUUUUUUCCCAACCUCACAUUUCUCAAGUAUUUCCCAAUUGUGUCAGGUCAAGGCCGUAAGUUCGCAAAUAAGGUAAGGGUUGGGGGGUUUACAUUGAGAUCAACUGAGUUAACCUCGUUGUCGAGCAAGAAACAAUUGGAUUUGAUCAAUGACGGAUGGUACAACGUGGAGACUUCCACUUGUUUACCCGUUCCUUACGUAAAUUACACAAACACUCGUGUUCAUGGGAAGGGAUUGUAUACAGGAGAUCCAUCAAACCCCAAAAUUGGAGAUGUGAGGAUAACAUUUUGGGGCAGUGAUGUAUCGCAUAUCUCCGCCAUGGGAAAGCAAGCCAGCAAUGUUCUAAAGGAGUUUACUUUGGAACCAAUUGAUUUCAUGGAUGAUAAAUUUGUUUUGGUACAAGAAGGGCAAAUUUCACCUUCUGCGCUAAUAUACUCAUAUUUGGAGAAGUAUGAUGGCACGAGACUCUAUAUUUAUAUCUCAAAACUGACAUUCAUGGCAUCCACUUGUUACUCUCUAAAAUCUAACAUAUUUGGUGAAAUUGAUAAGUCACUGGUAGCAUCGUUAUUUGUUUUUUUCGUCGUAGAAACUUUUGUGUGGAUCGCAUAUUCAUUUUGGAACGGACUAUUUUAUCUACUGUUGGCUGUGGUCAGCAGUUUCUGUUUCUAUUAUUUGUGGAAAAAGGGAGCAAAUGAGAAAGAAUUGAGUUCAAAGCAGAUUGUGAAUUUGAACUUGUACGAGUCAAUUCCCUGGGAGAAUUCGAUAGAUACAGAGCGGUGA